UUCUUCCCCUAAUUGAAUCAAAAUAUUCAAUGCACGAAGUCACCUCAUUACAGCUUUCUUUGAUUCUUCUCUGAGGUUUGAUCUUGCUCUUUGAAAAUGUAUUCUGAGAACAUUUAUUGUAAUGUACAACAAGACAUUAACAUAAAAGACGAAGAUACAGGAUAUUCAUCUCUGAACAAGCCUUCUAAGGACAUUUAUUGUAAUGUACAGCAAGGCAUUAACAUAAGAGGAGAAGAUGCAGGUUUUCCAAGGAGGUGUUCAAGGAAAUGUUUAAUCAUAAUUUGUAUUACUUUGCUGAUCUCUGUAAUACUGCUGACACUUACCAUUUUUAUCAGUCAACAAAACAAGAAUACAAUUGCAGGAAACCAAAUGAACAGUUCACUAUUGAACAAUCAUGCCAGGGACUUUGCAGCACAUCUGACAACUACUGCUCCUGGAAACCAAAUGACCAAUUCAGCCUUGAACAAUCAUGCCGGGGACAUUGCAGCACAUCGGAAAACUACUGUGAAUAUGAAAGAAGAGCAAUGGUUAAAUCACAAUGGGAAAUUAUAUUACUUUGCAACAAAAAAACUCUCUUGGGAUAAUGCAAACACUUUCUGCAGGAAGCAAAGUUCAAACCUCACAGUAAUUAAGAAAACUGAGGAACUGAAUUUCAUAUUGAAUCACACUGUGAGCCAAAUGUGGGUUGGAAUGAGAAAAGAGAAUGAAAGAUGGAAUUGGAUUGACGGGACAACUUUUCAGAACAACAUAUUUAAAGAAGGUAUUCACCAAGUGAAGUAUGGGUUGGAAUGUGUUAAUAUAAUGGAUCCUGGUUUGUUGUUUGCAGUACCUUGCAAAACUUCUUAUCACUGGAUCUGUGAAAAGAUAAUCAUUACAGAAGUGAUACAUUAUCUAGAUCUUCUUCCUCAGAAGCAGGGAAAGAAGUGAUAGCAAUGAAUCCUGUGUCCAGAAAAGAAGGAUUUAUUCUUUGAUCCUGUUGUCUCCACACUUCUGAAGCGUACUUGUGUUGCUUGACACUUGUAAAUGCCAAUGGAGCCUGUAAAGUAUGUCAGGUGAAACACAUAGCUUCCUAGUAAUACUUUGCAUUAGAAAUAUGUCCUUACAAUCCAGAUGGGACUCAAAACAACGCUCUCUUAUAAAAUAAAAGUAGAAGCACACCUCUGAGAAGCACUCAAAGGAGUGGGAUGGGGGGUUGUUUGGGUGUUGUAAAAUCUUUAAGUACAACAGUUAUCAGUCAAAUAUCCAUUCCUAAAAACUCUGAACUUAAAAUACCUUUUUAUAAUUUUCAUUUGCUUGCUGUUCUGUGGCUGCUUCUUUUUUAAGCAACCAGUUUAAACUCAUCCUUUAAAGACAUUGUACUGACAAUAAUAAGAAAAUUUUAAAUGUUAUAAAUGCACAGCAAUAAAAUUAAAAAGCAACAAAAGGACUUUAACAAAACAAAUUUCAAAAAGCAAUUUUUUUUGUGCAGUCCUUAACUUAAUUUUUCGACAUCAUUGAGCAUAAUUGUAGUCCCCAUUACAGGCAGUAAAUUACAAUCUAGUCUGUAUAGAUGUCUCUUUCCCAUUUGAUUUGCACAGCUGUCCUUCUCAGAAUUAUUCAGUAGAUGCUUGUCUCUGUCAUUAUUCUGUUUUGUUCAGUAAGUUUACUAAACAUAAAUAAUCGCCAUUUAUCUCACUACUGUUCAACUGCACUGCUGUGCCACCCACCUACUGUAUAUGGUGGCAUGCUGUUGUUUAUUUGUUAAGUUGGCCAUUCAGCAAAGUAGCCAUUGUUAUAUUUUAUUUGAUAUUUUUAUUUUUUGAUCCUGACAAAUCAAGUGUUUUUGAUUUUGGAUCCUUUCCUAAAUAGUUGUGCUCUGUCUUUUUAGACAAAUUCCUGGUUUCACCCAUUCUUUCCUGCAUUAUUGUUAAUGAUAUUUAUGUGCAAGGUUUGAAAUAUGGGAGGACUGGGUUCAGGAUCCCCUGAAAGACUCAACAUGAAAAGUAUGAGAAUCCUUAAAAAUAGUUUUAAAACAUUUUAGGCACACAGUGUGUCACAGUGCUUUAGGCUUUCCCUUUCAAGCCUUGAGGCUGUGGGAUCAAAUCCUACUGCUUUUGCCAUAUGAUUAUGAGAGUCACUUAAUCUGCCUGUGCUCCAAUUGUAUCUCUCAAAUUGUGUAAGUCUCCUU